GCCGUUGCCGCAGUGACAGUACGGGGGAGUGGGAAGAUGGCGGCGUCGCGUCGCUCUCAGCAUCAUCACCACCAUCAUCAGCAACAGCUCCAGCCCGCCCCAGGGGCUUCGGCUCCGCCACCGCCACCUCCCCCGCCGCUCAGCCCCGGCUUAGCCCCGGGACCCACCCCUGCCUCACCCACGGCCGGCGGCCUGGCACCCUUCGCCUCCCCGCGGCACGGCCUGGCGCUGCCGGAGGGGGAUGGCAGCCGGGACCCGCCCGACAGGCCGCGAUCUCCCGACCCGGUGGACGGCGCCGUCUGCACGGUGGCUGCUACGGCCGUGGUCCCGGCAGCUUCCGCCGCCGUCGGGGUCGCUCCCAGCCCAGCUGGCGGCGGCGGUAACAACUCCGCGUCGUCCACUUCUUCCCCGACUUCGUCUUCGUCUUCCUCCCCGUCCUCCCCUGGCUCGAGCUUAGCGGAGAGUCCCGAGGCGGCCGGAGUUGGCUCCACAGCAACUUUGGGACCCGGGGCGGCGGGCCUCGGCCCGGGCGUCCCAGCCGUGAGUGGGGCCCUGCGGGAGCUGCUGGAGGCCUGUCGAAAUGGGGACGUGUCCCGGGUAAAGAGGUUGGUGGACGCCGCGAACGUGAAUGCAAAGGACAUGGCCGGCCGAAAGUCUUCUCCCCUUCACUUCGCAGCAGGUUUCGGAAGGAAGGAUGUUGUAGAACACUUGCUGCAGAUGGGUGCUAACGUCCAUGCCCGAGACGAUGGGGGUCUCAUCCCACUUCAUAAUGCCUGCUCUUUCGGCCAUGCUGAGGUUGUGAGUCUGUUACUGUGUCAAGGAGCAGAUCCAAAUGCCAGAGAUAACUGGAACUAUACGCCUCUGCAUGAAGCUGCCAUUAAAGGGAAAAUUGAUGUCUGCAUUGUGCUGCUGCAGCACGGAGCCGAUCCAAACAUCCGGAACACCGAUGGGAAGUCAGCUCUGGACCUGGCAGAUCCUUCAGCAAAAGCUGUCCUCACAGGUGAAUACAAAAAAGACGAACUCCUAGAAGCUGCUAGGAGUGGUAAUGAAGAAAAACUAAUGGCUUUACUGACUCCUCUAAAUGUGAAUUGCCAUGCAAGUGAUGGGCGGAAGUCUACCCCAUUACACCUGGCAGCAGGCUACAACAGAGUUCGCAUAGUUCAGCUGCUGCUGCAGCACGGCGCCGACGUCCACGCGAAAGACAAAGGCGGACUUGUUCCUCUUCAUAACGCAUGCUCGUACGGACACUAUGAGGUCACAGAACUGCUGCUAAAGCAUGGAGCGUGCGUGAACGCUAUGGACCUGUGGCAGUUCACGCCACUGCACGAAGCCGCUUCCAAGAACCGUGUGGAAGUCUGCUCUUUGUUACUCAGUCAUGGCGCCGAUCCAACCUUGGUCAACUGCCAUGGCAAGAGCGCUGUCGACAUGGCUCCGACCCCUGAGCUGCGGGAGCGACUGACGUAUGAAUUUAAAGGCCAUUCUUUACUGCAAGCCGCCAGAGAAGCAGAUCUGGCCAAAGUUAAGAAAACACUUGCUUUGGAAAUCAUUAACUUCAAGCAGCCACAGUCUCAUGAAACUGCAUUGCACUGUGCUGUGGCCUCCUUGCACCCCAAACGGAAGCAGGUGGCGGAACUGUUGCUUAGGAAGGGAGCCAACGUCAACGAGAAGAACAAGGAUCUCAUGACCCCUUUGCAUGUUGCAGCGGAAAGAGCUCAUAAUGAUGUCAUGGAAGUUCUGCAUAAGCAUGGCGCGAAGAUGAACGCCCUGGAUAGUCUUGGUCAGACUGCUUUGCAUAGAGCUGCCUUAGCCGGCCACCUGCAGACCUGCCGCCUGCUGCUGAGCUACGGCUCCGACCCUUCCAUCAUCUCCCUGCAAGGCUUCACGGCCGCGCAGAUGGGCAGUGAAGCUGUGCAGCAGAUUCUGAGCGAGAGUACUCCUAUACGCACUUCGGAUGUGGACUAUCGACUCUUAGAGGCAUCGAAAGCUGGUGACUUGGAAACUGUGAAGCAACUCUGCAGCCCGCAGAAUGUGAACUGCAGGGAUCUGGAGGGCCGGCAUUCUACCCCCUUACACUUCGCUGCCGGCUAUAACCGUGUGUCUGUCGUUGAGUACCUUCUACACCAUGGAGCUGAUGUCCAUGCCAAAGACAAAGGUGGCUUGGUUCCCCUUCAUAACGCCUGCUCCUAUGGACACUACGAGGUAGCUGAGCUCUUGGUGAGGCACGGGGCUUCUGUCAAUGUGGCGGACUUGUGGAAAUUUACCCCUCUCCACGAAGCAGCAGCCAAGGGAAAAUAUGAAAUCUGCAAACUCCUUCUAAAACAUGGAGCAGAUCCAACUAAGAAGAACAGAGAUGGAAAUACUCCCCUAGAUCUGGUCAAAGAAGGAGACACAGAUAUUCAGGACCUACUGAGGGGGGACGCUGCCCUGUUGGAUGCUGCCAAGAAGGGCUGCCUGGCCCGAGUGCAGAAGCUUUGCACUCCGGAGAAUAUCAACUGCCGAGACACCCAGGGCAGAAACUCAACUCCUCUCCACCUGGCAGCAGGCUACAAUAACCUGGAAGUAGCGGAGUACCUUCUAGAGCAUGGGGCUGAUGUGAAUGCCCAGGACAAAGGAGGGUUAAUCCCACUCCACAACGCAGCAUCCUAUGGGCAUGUUGACAUAGCAGCAUUACUGAUAAAAUACAACACAUGUGUAAAUGCAACGGAUAAGUGGGCCUUUACUCCCCUCCAUGAAGCAGCCCAGAAAGGAAGGACACAGUUAUGUGCCCUGCUCCUAGCACAUGGUGCAGACCCAACCAUGAAGAACCAGGAAGGCCAGACACCUUUAGAUCUGGCAACGGCUGAUGACAUCCGGGCUUUGCUGAUAGACGCCAUGCCCCCUGAGGCCUUACCUACGUGUUUUAAACCUCAGGCAACUGUAGUUAGUGCCUCUCUGAUCUCACCAGCUUCCACUCCAUCCUGCCUCUCUGCUGCCAGCAGCAUAGAUAACCUCACUGGCCCUUUAGUGGAGCUGGCUGUAGGAGGGGCCUCCAAUGCAGGGGAUGGUGCCGCCGGUGCAGAAAGGAAGGAAGGAGAAGUUGCGGGUCUUGACAUGAAUAUCAGCCAAUUCCUUAAAAGCCUUGGCCUUGAACACCUUCGGGAUAUCUUUGAAACAGAGCAGAUUACGCUAGAUGUGUUGGCUGAUAUGGGUCAUGAAGAAUUGAAAGAAAUAGGCAUCAAUGCAUAUGGACACCGCCACAAGUUAAUCAAGGGUGUUGAAAGACUUUUAGGCGGACAACAAGGAACCAAUCCAUAUUUGACUUUUCACUGUGUGAAUCAGGGAACUAUUUUGUUAGAUCUUGCUCCAGAAGAUAAAGAAUAUCAGUCAGUAGAAGAAGAGAUGCAGAGCACUAUUCGAGAGCACAGAGACGGCGGCAACGCUGGUGGCAUCUUCAACAGAUACAACGUCAUUCGAAUUCAGAAAGUUGUGAACAAGAAGCUGAGGGAGCGAUUCUGUCACAGACAAAAGGAAGUGUCUGAGGAGAACCACAACCAUCACAAUGAGCGCAUGCUGUUCCAUGGUUCUCCUUUCAUUAAUGCAAUUAUUCAUAAAGGGUUUGAUGAGCGACAUGCAUACAUUGGAGGGAUGUUUGGAGCUGGAAUUUACUUUGCCGAAAACUCCUCAAAAAGCAAUCAGUAUGUUUAUGGAAUUGGAGGAGGAACAGGCUGUCCCACACACAAAGACCGGUCGUGUUAUAUAUGUCACAGACAAAUGCUUUUCUGUAGAGUGACCCUUGGAAAGUCUUUUUUGCAAUUCAGCACCAUGAAAAUGGCCCACGCACCUCCAGGACAUCACUCGGUCAUUGGUAGACCAAGUGUCAACGGGCUGGCGUAUGCAGAGUAUGUCAUCUACAGAGGGGAGCAGGCAUAUCCAGAAUAUCUCAUCACCUACCAGAUCAUGAAGCCGGAAGCCCCUUCACAGACCGCAACAGCAGCAGAGCAGAAGACCUAGUGAUUGUCCCUGGUAAAGGCCAGAGUGAUUCAAACCUGCAACUGGAUUACAGUGGAUUGCUUCCAACAACAACAACAACAAAAAUCAAUAUUCUCUAAAUCCCAACAGCCAAGAAAUAAGCUGUGUGUCUUUUAUAAAGCAUUCUAGAGUGGCAGCGCAGAGUGGGCCCCCAGCACGCUCACCUGCCCUGGUCCCUUGGAGGAGAUGGCUGCCGGGCGGCCUCGGACGUGUCUCAGGCCAUUCAUUACAGUUACCCGUUUCUGAAGCAAAAUGUUUUGCUCAGAUAUAGAGAUGGCCAAAGAGAAAAUGCCGGCUUACACGUUUUUGGUUCACACUACAUUUUUUUUUGUUGUGUUUGGCACAUGUAUAACAGACACAUGUGAUGGGCUCAUUUCUUAAUUUUGCCAAACAUAUUUGUUGAAGCUUGUUGUUGUGACUUUGAAAAUGAGCCAGAGUCUUCCUGGAUAUUUUGCAGUCACGCUGACUAAAAUCAUUAGGGUGCAGCUGAAGCUUCUGGCCGAGCAAGACACUGUCCCAUGUCCCCGUUGUUAGAUUUUGUGUCUCUGCCUCUUGUGGACAUAAAGGAAAAGCGCCAAUAUUUAGUUUCCUUUUAUAAACUGCCCCAUCUUCCCAUCUUAAAAGGGAGGGCACAAACCUCUCUUUGACCUAAGAAGUCAGAGCUGGGUGCACCAUUUGCUCUCCUCUUUGACCUAGAGUCAGAGCCGGGUGGACAGAUUGCUCUUUGCUGUCCGCAGGGCUCUCAGGACUGUGCCACAGAUGUCAAAAGUGCGCUGGGGAGAGGCUCAGUGGGGGCACUUAGAACUUUGCUUCCCUGGUGGGAUGGCUAGAGAGCUGGGAGGGAGGAGCCAGUGAGGAGGAGGAGCCCAGGGAGGGGGGAGGAGCAUGGGGCUCAGGGGCAGAUCCUCGACAGACCGGUUCACUCUCCACCACCACCAGAACCGUCUUCCAAGGUCAGGGUCCCAGCAUUUUACUCUCCUCUCUCCUUAGAAAGCCAGGGUUCAAGCCCUACAUAGUAAGUAUGCACAAAGGCAAGGACCUUGUGUUUACCCUUGUCUGGCCUUCAGUUUGCAUCAAAUAGAUAGUUAGACACAGAAAACUAAAGUUGAAACCAAAGGCAGUUGACCUAUUUUUUUAGAACCACUGAUAGAGAAACAUUUCUUUGUGAAAGUGCUGCUUGUAACGGCCCUCGCCACAUGCACAACCCUGAGCAGAGCCACGCUACCUUCUGUCCCCUGUGGACCCUAACUGAAUACUGAAUUGAGCGCGUUACUCUGUUCUACUCGGGUCUGAAGCAGAAGUCUUAUCAACAGCGGGACACAGUGUGACACGCUUAAACAUUUCAAUUGGAAGGCUGAAAAUAAUUUUUUAACUUUUUUUGUUAAUGCAAGUGUAUUAAACUGUGACCAUCUUUGUUUCCCUGGUUCUUGAAAUACACAUUUCUCUCUCUUUAUUUAUUAAAUUUUUGUUAGCUUGAGCCCAGUGCUAGGACUAGGCAUCCAGUCUAGUAUGAAUAUUUUAGUUUUAUCUUGAAUGGGUUCCUCAAAAUGAAGUCAAGAAUUAGCCUCAGUUUUCACUUCUGUUGACAUUUCAGUGGCCUGAGCCGGGUGCCUGUGGUCUGGGCUGCGUUUUUAAUAGCAGCUAGAGUACCAUACCGAGCUUCAGAAUGGGGUGUUGGCUCAAGGGCUCUUCUCCUUCCUUUGUCUCCUUUCUGUUAACAAAGGGUUGAAGAAAUUGGCAUCUGUGUAGUUUUAGUAGCUAUAAUGUGUAUGUUAUUUAGCCCGACCUGAAUUAGUUUAAAAUGCUAAACACAGCUGUGAUUUUAAUUUAGUGACGAGUUACUAUGGUGUAGUAAAACAGAGACUAAAACAUGAGCCUCCGGCUGACAAAGCACCUCCAUCAACCAACUGGAUUAGCUGGGCCUUACCUUGGAUUAGCUGAGGACUCUACCUUGGAUCCCCAACCACCAGAGCUGUGGGUCUCAUGUUCUGAGUAAAGACACUGUAAGGAAGCCUUCCAGAGUGCUAGCGCUCCCGUGGUGACUCACUGGGACAAAGUCACAUUAAAUGAGCUGUUUAAAAAGACUCAGUCCUGGGGAGAAAAAUUUAACAAAAAGUGCUCCACGGGCCUGACAUAUUUUCAGAAUUUGAAAACCAAAGGCAUCGUGAGUGUAUUCAAGUUGGCAAAAGUGAUUGUUUAGAUUUCCUUGUAUGGCAACACAGAAUCUAAGAGCCCUCUGGAGUAGAAAAAAGCUUGGCCUUCGGCUGAAGUCUCUUUACUUUCUUGUCUGUGCAUUAUUUAGAACUCCUGCAGGUUCAGGACUCAAGCUUCCCUACAGAACCGCAGAGAGAAGGCCCCUCUCGGUCUCCCCAGACGCCCGACACUGCCAGGUCACUGGUUUGGCCAGCUUGGAUACUUAACUCAGGCAUAAAAUAAGUGCUCUGGGUACGUCUGCCCCGUGCCUUUGCAUCUCUCAGAUCGCUAGCCUAGUCUCAGAACGCUCUGCGCUUGCCCAGUCGCCCUUUUCCUCCAUCCUGAGUCUUGCAUAGGAAUCCAGGUGUCCCUUAUCUUCCUAUCAGAAUGGAACUGGGUGUGGUCCUCAGCCACUCAGCUCUACGAUUCUGCCAGUUUGCUAACAGAUGGCAGCAUGGAAUCCAGCUUCAGCUCUGCAGAAACAGUGGCAGUGCAGUCUGGGCUCUGCCUUGGCUUCCCUUCCUGGCGGUUAGGACUCUGAGCAACCUCAGCACAGUGACAGCGCAGACCUCGAGCUCACAAAGGCAGCGCUCCUCAUUGCACUCAGUUCUCUCUGCAGCUGGAAUAGUGAAGGGUGUUUGGAAUAUAUAGAGAACUACUUGAAUAUGGCAAGCAAAUAAGCAUACAUUAGCAUUUUAUUAUCCUAGAUAUUAUUACAAACAUAUUACUAACAUUUGGCUAAUGCUAGAAAAUGGCAUAGGAACACAGUACGUUGUCCCGGGCUUCCUCCGCUGCAGUGUAUUCCCAGUUGCAUGAAAGGCACUUAGCCAUUGUCCCUCUCCCCUUUAAACAGUCGUCAGUUGAAUUCCUGUAAACGGCCUUGUGAACGCGUGUGUAGUUAAGCACAUCUCGCUGCCCGUCCCCUCGCCCUGCGCCCGGCUGGCUGGCCCUCACUUGUGCCCUGGCCUCCUUGCUGCUCUGUUGGGCCUAUCAUCUUGCAUAGAGCACGGACUAUAGAAUCACUCAGCAAAGAUUCAGAAAUGGCGUUAGAAUGGAUGUUUUCAUGUAUCAGGAAGUUGAAGACUGGUCUUUGAUGUUAAGGCAGUGGCAUAGAAGUGAGGUUGAUUGUGAAAGUGAUAUUCAAACAAUUGCUGGCUACAGCUAGAGCAUGAAAAGAUCACUUAAAAAAUACCGCCCUGAAAAAGUGAAUCUGCUUCCGCCAACUGAAGCAUUCUGAAGUUAAUAGACAAUGAUGGUUUUUCUGUUUGAAAAGCCUUAUCUAUGGCAGAAACUUUGUAACCUUUUCUAAUCUAGCAGUGAAACAUGAAUCCACUUCUUAAUAUUUGAAGUCAGUGGGUGGGCGUGUCUGUUCAUUUCUACCUGGUAAGCCUGUUUUAUGGGGUAUAUUUUAUAAGCAAUAUUGUCACAUUUAGUGGUGUUGAUGUAGCCAGUCAGUUCCAGUUUCUCUCAUGCAAAGUUCUUCGGCCUCCAGGUCAUCUGGUUUGGGGUAACACUGGUGGGAUUUCCAGACCCAUGUGGGGGUAUGUGACACCGUGUAGUCUCAGUGGUGUGGAAGUUGUUUUUAAAUCAUUUUAAGUAUAUACUAUGACACAUGAAGCUUAAAACCUGUUGGAAGCUGAAGAUUUAUAUCUUCUAUAAGAUCCAGUAUGGUCAGGUUGUGUGACCAGUUUUAUACUUCUACCAGAAUUCUGCAAAAUUGAAAUGACACUCACCCCAUAGAGGGAGUUCUCACCGCACCACCCUGCAUUUCCUGUUUCCCUCCCCUCCACCCUCCUUUCAGAGUUUUUCUCAUUUUUCAGAAUUCUUUUGCUAUCCUUCAGUCGGCCCUUUGUUAGCUCAGUGUGCUGAUGACCUCUCUCCCAGUGUGCAGGAAGAAAAACCAGAAAAUGCCCCAGCCAACGAAAGUGAGGCACUGAGGAUUUGAAGCUAGUAGCAUAGACCACGAAGGUGACCGUGCGGUAUAGUAAAUGUAGUCACUACACAGAACACUGAAACUCGUCUCGUGUGUGUAAUGCCUGCUUCUGCUCUCUCCCAGUGUUCUGAGCUCAUCUUAUCUUUGUGGUAGUAAUAUUUGUCCUUGAUACCUGCAAAACUAAAAAGGUACUUUGAUUACAAGGUCUCGAGAACUUACAAACCCAGCUUUGAGGAAAUCUAGAUGUUCUGACAACAGCAUCUGGAGUUGUAAUUUUCUUACUGUAACGUCGUCGUCAGUCUGUGUAAAUAACCAGUGUGGUGGCCCUUCGGUUUGUUGUCAGCGUUCCUUUGUUUCCAGUCUCUGUGUGACCCACCAGUGCCCGGGUUCCAGCUCCACCUUCUUUUUUGUUUGCAUUGUCCAUCUGUAGACUUGUCAGACAGAAUACAAGAUACCCAGUUAGAUUUGAAUUUCAGGCAGUUUUUUAGCUCAAGUCUAUUUCAUAUUUGACAUAUCUGUGCAAUUUUUAAAAAUGUUCUUUAACUUAUCUGAAAUUCAGAUUUUGACUGAAUAUCCUAGAUUUUUGUUUUCUAUGUAGUUUUUCUAAACCUGAUAGUCCUAGCAGUUUGAUCACAAAAGGAGGCUCCCAGCAUGUAAAUUCUCUGGUCUUUAUAGCUUUCACCUGGAAUGGAAGACCCCCCCCCCUUUUUUUUUUUGCCUUCUACUCAUUUCUAAAAGAGGGCAUCAAGGAACUUAGCCAGCCUACAUGGUGGGUUUCUAUCUAAAACAUCUCUGUGAUUAUAUUUAACCUGUAAUUGUGCUUUGGCUUAAUGUCUACAGUACUUGUAACGGAUUAAUAUUCAAUAAAAACAUUUUAAAGUACA